AACACGUGGAUCUCGGGUUCUCCAAGAAGUGUAUCGAACGGGUGACUCAACCGCUGACUGAGCUGAACCAACGCAGAACAGACAGGACAGUGGCUGUUAAGGAAAACCUCUGACUCCAGGUGGUGAACUUUGAUUAACCUACAUUGCUGAAAAUCCAGGCACUUUAAAGGGUUGAUUCCGACAUACUUGGAAAUUCGGGUUACUCACCAGCCUAGGAACGGAACUUGUUCGUAACCCCAGGAAUACCUGUACUUCAAUAGCCUAGAUAUGAUGUCAUCACAACAUUCAAAGACCAUUUGGCUGAAGCAGCUUCUGGUUGUAUUCUUGAAACUCUGCCUCACUUGUGCCAGUUCUUUGCGCCCACUCAACGGGACCGAAUGCACAGCCAGAGGUCCGGCUUCCUAUAUUGUAGUAUUUACCGGUCAUUGGAGCCCACAGGCCUUCCCCAAGCAGUACCCACUGUUUCGGCCCCCUGCCCAGUGGUCCAAACUAAUAGCGGUGAGCCAUAAUCGCCAUUUUCGGCUUUGGGAGGAGGGCGCUGAGGCCAGCGAAGGGGUGCAGAACUUUGCCGAAGUUGGCGUGACGGUGGAACUGAUGAAGUCGGCCAAAGAGGCGAGGAAGAGACGCUCAGUCGGCACCAUGUACCGGACGGCCGGCAUCCCGAACGGAAUCGGGCACAGCUCCACGGAGCUUCUCAUGCUGCCCAGGAACUCACUGCUGUCUCUGAUGGUCAAGAUGAUCCCCAGCCCUGACUGGUUCGUUGGUGUGGACAGCCUAAACCUUUGCGAGGGCAGUCACUGGAAACAGGACGUGACCAUAGACCUGCAACCUUAUGAUGCAGGAACAGAUAGCGGCUUCACAUUCUCCUCCCCAAACUUUCCCACCAGCCCCCGAGAAAACAUCUCAAAGAUCACCUCUCAGAUGCCAAACCACCCUGCCAACUCCUUCUACUAUCCUCGUCUAAAACAACUUCCACCCAUUGCCAGCAUAAAGAUCAUGCGGCAGAGCAGAUCUCUUCACCGCCAAGUGCCAAUGUCCAACCAUAUCCUCCCGAACUCCAUAAGUCCUCAGAGAUUCUCAGUGACGCCACUGGACUGUGAAGUGUCUCUCUGGUCAUCCUGGGGCUUAUGUUUGGGCCCCUGUUCCAAAGGCGGCAUCCGCCAUCGCACACGGUACAUCCUUCUACGGCCGGCCAAUGCUGGCGACCCAUGCCCUGAGCUGGAGGAGCAAGCAGAGUGUGUACCACACAGCUGCAUGAAGCUUCAUUAACCCAAAGAGCACAUUUGCUGCCAGUAUUCAACACUGGGACUCAUGUUAUUACUGCUGGACUGAGAAGCCCUCCUGCAUUAUACCCUAGGUAAUGCAAAGGAUUUUCCACCCUGUCAAGACUGCAUUUAUUGUGUUGCUUAUGGUUUCAGUGCUUAAUUUUGCUUUGAUUGCAAGUGUUGGACCAACAGGGAAAAAAAUCUAUUUUGAUGUGCUGAGGUGGGCAAAAGUCAAAUGCAUUCAAAUAUGUCUUUUGUAGCCUUCAUCAUGCCAGUCAAGUGCACAGUCACGACACAACAAAUGUAACAAUCACACCCACAUACAAUUAAAAACAUACACCAAAUUCCUCUAACUGACCGCUAGGUAUUAAGGUAUAACUUAACCUAAGCUAUACAUGCUGGACACGUGCAGCUCUGUUCAAAAUAAGCAAAAAAUGGCUUGAAUCAGUAAAGAAGCUGGUUUGUUUUAUAAUAAGAUGCCAUUUUUAUAAAG